CCAAGAAACCUUGGCGGACGCAAAAUCUCGCAGUACUUACAACACCCCGUGAGACAGACGCUGCAAGUCAACAUGAAGAUCUUGUUGGCUACGCUCAUUAGCUUGAUUCUCUGCAGUGCAGUAGGUAUGGUACCUCCUACUGGAGUUAAUCUUGAUGUAAUGCAAUGGACUUCAGGUCAUUUCCAGUCAUACGCAUUUCGCUGAUCUCGCUACAAGUCGUCUAUUCACUGCACAUCGAAAUCGUUUCGCAGCGGUGUUUAUUCGCUUUAAUUCGGAAUCUUUUUGGUGAUUAUAAAAGGACCGUUAGUUUGCUACCUUUGCCGCAUUCUCUAUUUCUGUAUUCUCCCUUUCUAGCAUACUUUUCUGUGGUGGAUUCGUUUCAACGUUUGUCGCUGGAAACUAGUCUGUUAUGCUCUUAUGUACAGGAGGUUAUUACACUGGCUUUACGAUGGAUAAACUUCACGAGUCAGGGGAACGGAGAGUAAACCGUCAAUUACAGUGAAAAUAUGUGUUUUAAGCGACUCAUCUCCUAUUAAGAACUCGCUAAUCUAUUUCGUGCCGCAGUGAAACGAAAAAAGCUUUGCAGCGAAAAGACCAGACACCGCUAAUUAAAAUUAAUCGCGCUCGCCAACAGAACUUUCAUCUUUAUUCUUCAAGUUCGAUUGACUUUUCUAAAGUUGUGAAACACAUCGAAAAGCUCGUGCCCCUGAUGAUGCUAGUAGUCGAGGGUUAGCUAGUUUUAGAGCCAAAUACAGUAGGGCAAAGAGAUCUAAAUAACUCUUUAGAGGCCCUAUAAAUAUUUAAAAUUUUAUUCAAGCAGUUUUAUACUUCAGUAACGCUGAGUUAAGUGCAAGUGCUAAUGAAGGUGUACAUGUUAGCCAAGGUGGGAUUGAGAUUCUAGGGUUUGAGUUAAGGACGUAAGUCACAGCCGCAAAAAAAACCCAACCCACCAACGACAACUUGAUUGUUCAAGAUAACGUUUGCCUUACACCGGUUUCGCUACUUUUUCAAAUUCGCCGGCUACGGCUACUUCGCUACCUACAUAUACUUGGCUCGCUGCCUAUUUACAAAGUCCAAAACUUACACCACCAGAGGGGUAGGCUUAAAAGAACGAGAAAAGAAUUAUUUUUUCUAGUCGAUUGAAGGAGUUAUUUUCAAUGGUUUAUUGAAAGUAAUGCGUAGCGAACGUGUUUCGAACUAGGAGGUAGCGAAUUCGACGAGUAGCAUAACCGCUACUUGUUACAUAACAUUUAUAUAAGGUUCAAAAUCUUAGCACACGCUUCUGUCUUAGUAGAAACAUCUAAUUAUGGCCAAAAACAACGCCACUCUCUUCACAAGAGUACUGUGUAAUUCAUGUUGUCGAAGGCGCGGUGCUUUCCUUUUUUUCCCGCCAAAAAGCACUUGAUAAAUAAAGAUCAUUUUGGGCGGACGCAUAGUCGAGAUGAAACAGGGAAGUACUUUUCCCAUGGUCCAAGCUCAACAAAGCAGAGCAUUCAAACGUACUUUUGCGAGAUAUGAAUUCUCCAAUCUGACAUUUUCUCUAAGAAUUUGUCAGUGAAAGGAUUUUACAAAAGAUCGAAGCAUUUUCCCUCUUUUGAUCAUUUCAAUGAUUCUCAAAACUUUUUCUCUUAACUUAUAAGAAAAUUUAUGUGCACUCUGUGGUCUUGCAGUUAUCGGUUUACAUGAAGAAAAUAAAUCCGUUUCGGACGCGGCGCUUUUACAGUUUUUACAAAACAAAGUCGUUACAAUCUACCUAAAAUUGGCCGUGAAAGCUUGAAACUAGUAUGGCAUGGGUUAAUAAAGAAAUAUGGGACAAAUAAGUUUCCGUUUGGAGAUAGAACCAACCGGUAAAACAAUAAUGCCUUUACAAACUUUCAGUUUCGGACAUUUUCGGAUCCAUUGGCACGACCUAAAGCUUUACUUUAAUGGUUAACAAGCAAGAGUUAUAACAAGUCUAACGGCUUUUAUAAUUCACCAACAGUUUCAAUACCAGAGUAAGUGUUGGCUGGACUAUUAUGGACUCAGUGUGACAUGGUUUUAACUGAGUCUGUGGACAAAACUCUAUUGUGUAACCAUUCAAAGGAAAUGUCUUUUUUGAUACUUUCGCCUGGAACUAUUUGGUUUUCAGAGUUUAUGAUAAAAUUUAGGAGUUUUGUUUGAGUUUGGCUUUGCUUUUGGUCGUGGAAGGGUUUAUAACAAUAAGUCAUCUUUUAAAAUGCUUAAUGAAACCCAUCUGGGAAUGAAAACGUCGACCAUACAAAUUAAAGAAAUCAAUUUUUACUGAUACUUUCCAUGGGCCAGGAAUAUUUGCUGGUGUAGUACUUUUACUAGAAAUAUGUACUAAAAAAUGUGUCACCUGAUUAUCUCUUGAAUUAUCUCACUGUUUAAGCUUGGUCGCUUACUUGCUAUCGAUGCGGUGGAACCUCUCCAGCAUGUACCAGUUCCAGUAAAGAUACAGUGGCAUGUGGCGACGAAUCGCUACCGAAAGCUGAGUACGGCUGUAGGGUGUACACGGUUAACUACACUUCUCUCAAUUCGGUCNAUAAAAUUUAGGAGUUUUGUUUGAGUUUGGCUUUGCUUUUGGUCGUGGAAGGGUUUAUAACAAUAAGUCAUCUUUUAAAAUGCUUAAUGAAACCCAUCUGGGAAUGAAAACGUCGACCAUACAAAUUAAAGAAAUCAAUUUUUACUGAUACUUUCCAUGGGCCAGGAAUAUUUGCUGGUGUAGUACUUUUACUAGAAAUAUGUACUAAAAAAUGUGUCACCUGAUUAUCUCUUGAAUUAUCUCACUGUUUAAGCUUGGUCGCUUACUUGCUAUCGAUGCGGUGGAACCUCUCCAGCAUGUACCAGUUCCAGUAAAGAUACAGUGGCAUGUGGCGACGAAUCGCUACCGAAAGCUGAGUACGGCUGUAGGGUGUACACGGUUAACUACACUUCUCUCAAUUCGGUCUUCGACAUCAAAGGUAAGAAAAAGUACCAACAAGGUAACGUUGUUACAGAACUAUUGCUCUCACAAUUUCCUAAACAAACAACAAGACAACAACAAAAUUUCAUUUCCAGAAAAGAAUAACACUGACCCACAGGCUAGGUAGCAACUACUAGGCUAGGCGGGACAGACAAACAACUGAGGGUUAACCUUAAAAGUUCUUAAAGAAACGCCAACUUAUAAAAAAAAAAACCCGUGACGCAAUCGUCGUUAAACCUUAAUGAUUAUUUACGCCCUUGAUCCAAACGUUAAGCACUUAAUGGAAACAGGAGCCCUGCCCUACACUAAAACCUGGUUCGCUACUAGCCCACUAGUAGUGAAAAGCGGGGGCUUUUUGCCGGCAAAAAAGGACUCAUGUCUAGCUUUAACUAGCUAAACUUUCUUUAUUCUCGAUAUUUUUUACCAUUUAGUUGGAUUUUACUAAAGCGAUUAUUUCCUCGAGCCCGAACGGGCUCGGCCUCAUGGGCUAUUGACUCAGAGGCCAUGAGGGCGAGAGGAAUAAUUGUUAAAUAUUACUUUAAAUUUGGUAACAACACAUCAAUCACUAUGCAACAAACAAGUGAAUGACGAACACAUGACAUUUACCCUAUUUACAUCUAGAAACUUUAAGAGUGCGUAAUUUAUUGUCUCACAACUACAAAAACUUAAACAAUUAACAGCUAGCAUGCGGACGCAAUCUUUUUUGGUAACCGAACUAGCUAUGCGCAUGCGUUCAGUCACUGUGGAAGAGUCCUGCGUCUUAUGACCCAUAAAACUAGCCAAAAGUGCAAAUUAUGCUAGCAGUGCUUUUUUUUAUAGAAAAUAGAUAAAAAUUAUGUUCGUAAUGAGGAAUUAUGCCACAAAUUAUGCCAGUACAAUCUAUUAACGCCUAGCAUGGAAUCAGUGCCUCGGACAUUACGUGGGUAGUUCAAAGCCAAAUUUCAAUCUCAAAGUAGUACGUUUCUAGUUUGUUCUUGUAUUUAACCCGUGUUUUAGCAUUAAAAUUGUUUUAAAAAUCUAUCCCCUCACUUAGUUCAUUCUUAUUCAUUGAUCGGUUAGUUAUUUUUAUAUUUGUUACUCAUAGAAAUUUUACUAAUAAAUAAAUAAUUACUUGACUUUUUUAAUUAACUGAGGAUCUUUCUGUAAAAACCCUUCGUUAUGUCAGAAUCCUCUUUAAUUUUUUUUUUUUUUCACUGCGGGUUUUCUGUAAAACCUUUCGUUAUGUCAGCCUUCUCUUUAAAAAUAUAUAUAUAAUUUUGUUUUUUUCAACGCGGGUAACCAAAGGAGCCCGCAGUUCUAAUCUCCAGCCUUCUAUUACACAUGCGCGGCAUGUAUUUAACCAGCAUUCGUUUGGUCUUCCUCUAAGGAUGAAUGAAAAUGCGCAAAACAUAACCUGAUCACUCGCAUUUUGAACCAUUAUUAGUCUUAAUCUGAUCAUGUUCGUUUUGACCUUCUAUCAUGUGAACUUUUCGCAAAGACUGACAUUGUUGCAGUAAGAGCCGCAUUUUGACCUUGGAUCGAUCUAGCCUGCACUCCCUUACCUUUGGUGAUAACUAGUUAAUCAGAUUCCAAAGAAUUUUUCUAUUUUUGGUUAUCAGGCUGCUGUUUUGUUGAAGACUGUAAGAAAGAUCCGUGCGAGGGAUCUGUACAAGGUGCAGUUUGCUCCAACGUGGCUAGCUGCCAAUCAGACAAGUGCAACUACAACUACACCACUGCAAUGGCUGGUCCUCGGCCGACGGUUUCUUCAAAGGCUAACAUCGUUUUUUACGGCCGUCAAGUUACAGCUCUUAUCAUUUUGGCUAUUCUUUACUUGUCCAUGUGAGAAGAUAGUGUCAGGCGCAUUUUUCAAAGUUAUUCUUUUUCACAAAACCGUACUUCUUUAUCAGUAUUCAGUUUGAUGUUUGAUUAAGGGGCUAAACCAGGAAAAGGAAUGACCACUUUGUUUUCAAGGCAAGGGC